CCAUUACGUUUAAUCUGGUCACACUGCAAAGUACAUCGCGCCAUAAUUUUGUGAAAUGUUACUUUGAUUACUUAAGACAAAAUCAUGAUAAAUAUUGAACAAAAUGCAGACGUACCAAUGCACGAUGAACCGGAGGUGCCACCACCCACCACAGCAGUUUCCGGCCAGAUAAAAGCCAUUGCCAAGGACACUGUGCACAAAAUCUGCUCGGGACAGGUGGUUCUCAGCUUGGCCGUGGCGGUCAAGGAGCUGGUGGAGAACUCUAUAGAUGCGGGUGCCACUCUGGUGGAGAUCAAACUGAAGGAUCAAGGAUUAGAGGGCGUGGAAGUCAGCGAUAACGGCAGUGGCGUAGAGGAAACAAAUUUAGAGGGCAUGACUGCCAAGUACCACACCUCAAAAAUACGAGAAUUUGUUGACCUGCUUGGCGUGGAAACCUUUGGAUUCCGUGGAGAAGCUCUAAGUUCGCUUUGCGCCUUAUCGGAUAUGGUUAUCCAAACAAGGCACAAGUCCACCGAAGUAGGCCUCAAAGUAGAACUGGACCACGAGGGCAAAAUAAAGAAGCGUUCUCCUUGUGCCCGUGGAGUCGGCACCACAGUCACCUUGUCCAACCUUUUCUCCACUCUGCCCGUUCGCAGGCGCGACUUUACCCGCAACAUCAAGAAGGAGUUCACAAAGAUGUGUCAAAUUCUUCAAGCCUAUUGCCUGGUAUCCAAAGGUGUACGCAUUCUCUGCAGCAAUCAGACACCUAAGGGCGCCAAAACUGUGGUGCUCCAAACGCAUGGUAACCAGGAGGUCAUGGCCAAUAUCUCAUCCAUAUUCGGAGCCAAGCAGGCAGCAGAUUUGGUGCCAUUGAAGUCUCCUUUCGAGCACGGUCAAUUAAGCGAGGAGGGUCUGCGGGCAGAUCUCGAAUCUUCAGCUGAUGUAGCCGAUACGACUUGCCCGCAAAUCAGCGCCGAGGAUGUGGAGCGCUUAAACCAAGCGGACUUUCAACUUGAGGGUUUUAUAUCCAGUUGCCGACAUGGUGCUGGACGAUCUAGCAGAGACCGGCAGUUCUUUUUCGUUAACUCAAGGCCAUGUGAUCCCAAGAAUAUAGCCAAGGUAAUGAACGAAGUUUACCAUCGGUAUAACGUUCAGCAGCAGCCCUUUAUUUAUCUCAACAUUGUCACGGCCCGCUCCGAUGUGGAUGUAAACCUCACGCCCGACAAGCGCCAGCUGCUGAUCAACAACGAGCGGAUUCUCCUUCUGGCGCUAAAGAAAUCCCUGCUGGACACUUUUGGCCAAACACCAGCUACUUUUAAAAUGCAAAACACAACCAUAGUGAGCAUGCUCGAACCCAAAGUAAAGCUGGAAGAAAGUGAGUCUGCGUUGGAACUAAGCAAGGAAAACAUUAAUCAAGAAGUAGGAGAUAUGGAUGUUCCUAUUAGCUCAUCUCAGAGGUUCAUGGAUGUGCUAACCCAGUGGCGUCGCACGGGAGAUACAAUAGGUACGGCACCAUCAGUUUCUGCCAAGCGACGACACACUGAAGCCGAGGAGUUGGCAACCAGAACUAUGAAAAUGCAAAAGAUUCAACAUUUUCUUAGCCAAGAGUCACCGAAGGAGCAGAGCUCGAAAUGCGAGUACGAAUCUGAAGGAACAAGUGAUAAUGAAAAGGCGAGGGAUAGCAAGGAGCGGAGCUUCCUAAAUGAUAGCUUAUUGAAUCUUAAAGAGCUGGCUAAGGAGUCCGAAGCGUAUGAUCUUUUGAUGCAAGCUCCCAAAGUAACUCGCAUUGACUGCAAGGUUCUUACGCCAGCUAAAAGCCGACAAAGUAUUGCCGAGUUCAUAGACUCAAAACCAGUGACCAAACAAGAGACCCCUGCAGAAACCAAUCAAGGUCCUCCUACUUUAUCUCAGCUAUCUGAAGAAACCGAUAUUGCAAGCGAUGAUGAUGAUCAUAUUGAGGUGCCGACACGCAUAGAGUUUGAUGAGGAAAUAGAGGAGGGUCCACCAAUACAUUUUUCAAGCGGAGAAUUGCGCACCACGCUUGAGGAGAUUGCGUCUUCCUUAAAGGCCCAGGAGCAGCAACAGCGGGACCGCAAGGCACGGGCCAAGCUUCAUCGUCUUCGCUUCAAGACCGAAAUUAAUCCCAACCAGAACAAUAACGCGGAGGCGGAACUGCAGCGGGAGAUCGGAAAAGAUGACUUUGCCCGCAUGGACAUCAUAGGGCAGUUUAAUCUAGGCUUCAUAAUAGUUAAACUAGAAGAUGAUCUCUUUAUCGUGGAUCAGCAUGCAACGGAUGAGAAGUACAACUUUGAGACGUUGCAACGAACCACUCAAUUGGAGUAUCAGCGCUUGGCAGUACCCCAAAAUCUUGAUCUGACAGCGGUUAACGAAAUGGUGCUCAUAGACCACCUUCCUGUAUUUGAGAAGAAUGGUUUCAAGUUUGAAAUAAAUCAUGAGGCUCCUGCCACGAAGAAGGUUCGCCUUUUGGGCAAACCGCAUAGCAAACGUUGGGAAUUUGGCAAGGAGGACAUAGAUGAACUGAUCUUCAUGUUGCAAGAUGCACCCGAAGGCACCUUAUGUCGCCCAUCUAGGGUGCGUGCUAUGUUUGCCUCUCGUGCUUGCAGGAAAUCCGUAAUGAUCGGUACUGCCCUAAACAGGAACACAACGAUGAGGAGACUAAUCACUCAAAUGGGGGAAAUCGAACAGCCAUGGAACUGUCCACAUGGACGUCCCACCAUGCGUCAUCUCAUUAAUAUCACAAUGCUUAUGGACAAUGAUGAGGAUGAGGACGAAAUGCCUACGUCCCAACUGAAGCAAGAUUCAGAAAUCGCAUGAUAAAUUAUUGUUGCAGUUUUUAUUUAAUUUAACUUUUCGUUUGAGCCACUAAGUAUACGUCAUUGUUCUGUAAAUGCUUACUUGAUUAACGAUUAAACGACAGGAUCAGACUUACAACUAAAGACAAAUACAAAGGUUAUCACUUGAGUAUGUCUAACAA